AGCCGAGGUAGUCGAAGAUUUUCCACCUCUACGAAGCAGUGAAGAAAAUUAUAGCGUGGUUUUUUCGGUAGAAAAACAAUUAAAAGUGCAACAAAUAGUGAAAAAACAAAGUCCAACCAACUCAGCCGUGCAUGCCCAGUCACCGACCCAGCGCCCGAGCCCAAGCGAUCCGCGAGCCCAGCGAAGAGAUAUCUCGAUUUCCCCCAGCCUGAAAGUGUCACCGCCAAGACGUACGUGCGAAAAAUGUUUUGGGACAAGGGUUAUGCGCCCUCCGCGAAUAUAGAGGCGCUGCUGGAGAAAGAGAAUUCCACGCUGGAGGAAUUCCUGGACGAGGAGGACAUACUGCAGGAGUGUAAAACGCAAAAGAAGAAUCUGGUCAACUACUUUACACGUCCCGAAGUCAUCCGGCGCCUGGUGGAGCUGAUCACAACCGAGCCCUCUGAAGAUGUGCCCAUGGCACAGCGUUUCCGCUAUGCCAACAUGUCCUGUGAGAUACUUACACUCGGCCUGCCGUCCCUGGAUGAGAAGCUGCUGAACGAUGCGGAGACGCUCCAGCUGCUGUAUUCAUAUCUGGAAAAGGAACCACCGUUAAAUCCAUUGCUAUCAUCGUUUUUUAGCAAAACGUUUAGCAUGCUCUUUACCAAAAAGCCUGAUCAAGAUUGGUUUUUGUAUCAACACAUGUGCCUACAACUCCUGGAGUAUAUUAAAUCGCAGAAGACCUUUUUGGAUUUCAUUUGCAAACACUUUGACACACCGGUUAUACCUGAUCUGAUAAUGCAGAUGAUGAAGGACAUUGAGGGUGGUCAGCUCAAGCGGAAUCUAUUCGAAUGGCUAACUGAAGAUAAAAUUGUUGAGAGACUGAUUGCAAUAUUGCGUAAUCCUCAAGAAACCGACAAACAUGCGAAUGUUGCCGACUUUUUCUGUGAUCUUAUUAACCAAGGGCGCCUCAUGCGCCAGACCGAGCAGGAGAACGAUUCGUUUGAGCCAGCCUUCGAUGGCUCCAAUCCCAUACUAAAGACGAUCGAGUCCGCGGACACAAUCGAAGCCUUGUUAAAUGUGAUUUUGGAACCAAACGCUCAAGAGAGCGCCAUCUUAUCAGGAAUAUCGGUUGUACUUACCCUCAUCAAGCCAAUUACCUUCAAAGAUGAGCCCAACUUGGAUCGGCAGAUUCUCUUGGAGACGCGCGAGCUUGAAUUUCAUCAGGCAGUGCAGGAAACUGUGAUCACUGUUAUGGCUCCUCGGCUCGAGGAAUUUGUUCAUGUGCUCAAGAACCCGCCUGCGAAACCCACGUUGGAGACCACAGCUGCUGUUCUGACGCCCCCCUUUGGCAAGACCCGCCUCCAAGUGUGUCGCGUGUUCACUGCCCUGCUGGAGACCAAGCACGAAACCAUUCAGAAAUCAAUUUGCUCGACCGAGUACUUUAGUCUGCUGCUGGAGUAUUUCAAGCAGUACUGCUGGAACAACUUUCUGCACACUGAGCUGGAAAAGGCCCUACAUUUGGUGUUCAACAACGAGCCAACAACGGCCAACAACAUGACGGAGCCUAACAUCUUUCCCAUGAGUUGCGCAUGGAUUUUUAAUGCCGUUCUCGAUGGCACGGAAUUCACGCUCGAAGAGCUGAAAGAUGCAGUGAACAAAAGCAUUGAUGGCGGCAAAGAGGAAGUGCAACAGCAGGAGGCUAACAUUGAAAUCGAGGUGGCAGCGGCUCAGGAUGCUGCGGCGGCUAAUGAGGAGAAACAAGAGUCAACAAGUCCAGUUGAAGUCGCUACUGAAGCUAAAGCCUCUCCUGCAGAAGAAGUGGAAGCUGCUCUUAAAACGCAGGAGAAUCAUGUGGAAAAUAAUGAGGUAGAGGUAGAUAGAAGUGGACAAAAUGCGGAGCCUGCGCUCAAUGAUCUCGAAAAAACUAUGACUCUGCCCAGUGCACCCUCCGAAAUGCAAGCCCAUUUGAUUGUCAACUGUCAGUUGGUUUCCAAGCUGGUCGACUAUUGGCAGCACAAUGCGCAGGCGCAAUCUGCUGAAAAGGGUCGCCGUCUGGGCUACAUGGGACACCUCAUCAAGAUUCUGCGCUACGUUACGAAUUGUAUAUCUGCAUCUGAACAUAUUGCCGCCCUCAUAAAAACUAGUUUGAGCGACGAGGGCGAGCAAAAGAUUUGGCAGUCGCUUAUCGAUACCGAAGCCGGCGAGUUCACUCUGGCGGUCAAGCAGCAAACCAAGCUGUUGGCCGACUGCAAUCCGCAUGAUGAGAACGAGGAUUAUGUAGGCGAGAUGAAUGCCUGGAACGUUACAAAUCUAUCGUACAGCAACAUGGGCUACAGCGAUCUGGACAAUACGUUGCAGGAUAUCGUUUUUACCAUGGACAACGAUCAGAAUCUAUUUCAGUUUGGACGCAACAUCGACGACGAGGACGAUGAUGACGAUGAACAUGGCGGUGAACACCCGGGCUCAGGCGAUGGCCAUGGUCACGGGAUGUUCACCAAGAACUCCAUUACGCUGAACAACCUGGCAGAUCCGUGGGACAUGGACGUCCAGUUCUCCGACAUUCCCGGCGUGUCUGCACAGAUUGACACGGGCACCGCCAAUUGGGGCACGGACUUUAAUGCGGACAAUUUUGCCGACUUUGAUGCGCACUUUAGCACGUUUGGCAGCGAUCUGGGGAAGCCUUCCACUGCGCUGCCUGAUGAUGAAGAUGAUGAGCAGGGAGAGCGGUCGCCCCCUUUCCAACAGGUGCACCCCGAAGAGCAACAGUCUCCGGAGCGGACUACUCCCAGCAUUAAUGAUCAGCAGGCUGAGUACGACAAUAAUGCUAACGUGGAGAAGGCCAUCAGCGACAAGUUAUUGGCCGAGUCUAGCACUGUGGAGACCGCAUCAAUUGUCACAAGGCUGCAGUCGGUGCUGCUGGACGGAGAAGAGGACUACGAAGACGAUGAGGGCAUGUGGACCAAGCCCUUGGGCGGCGCCGAUCGUCAAACGGAGGCCACGGAACAGCCAACGCCCAUUUCAAAUGGACCAACCAGCAAAGUGAAUGAAUUCAACCAUGCCAACGACAACAGCAGCAGCAAUGUGGACGGACAGCAGCAUGUCCACGAGCAGGCCAACAUCACAGCAGAGCAACAGAAACUGGCCGCCAGCGCCAAGACGAACAAUGUAGAAAUAGCCACAACAACCACAUAAAUGCAUCUCACCAAAUGCAUGUCUCACCCCGCACGCACCAACGCAAUUUGUAAAAAAAAAAUGCCUUUGAUUUGCUCUUUGGUCAUUAUUCUACAACAUAAUCAUGCAUACAUAUUUAUAUGGAUAUAGAUACCACAUACUACUAUAUACUACCUAUACGUACAUAUUUAGCAGGCUGCAAAGUACAACAAACAAUUUGUAUUGUAUUAGCAAAAAGCCGAAGCCCGCCCAAAAAAACCAAAAGCGAAAAACACAAAAAAAAAAUGUUAAGAAAACAAAAAAUAAUGUUCAAAGUAUGUUGUUGAUUCCUUCUGCUCCUCGCUCAUAUUGCCAAUUAUUUAAAUAUUACUCCUCCUUCGUGUUUCCUAAUUAAGCCAACUUUGUAUUUUGUUUGUAACUAUCUUAGUCUGUCGUCUUAGAGCGCCACCACUUUCAAUACUCUCCAUGUGUUGGGCAACGAAUGAGCAUUACUUAAAGUACCAAAAUUCACGCAACGUCUUAGAAUGCUUAGUUUAUAGUUAUAUUAUAUUAUAUGAGGAUUAUCUACCUAUAAAUAUAAUAUUUUAAAAUGGGGCUGUCCAUACAUCACAAUCGUCGAUAUAUAUUUGUCCUUUUGACCUCAUUUUUGUUUCAAGAGGGAGUCUGAGUCCCUCCUUAGCAUGAGAAUAAGAGAUAUAUAGACAGCCCCUCAUUAUAACCUUGUAUUUUUU